GGCGAGCGACGCUGCUUAGCAACCCUUCGGCCUCGGGCAGCACGGCGCCAGCCAGAGUACAAGGAGCACAGCGAGGCGUGGUCCUUUCUGCCGUCCCACCACCACCUCCAGCUCCUAGCCAGCUGCCACCCACCCACCCAACCCACCCACACUCUCCACCAUGGCCCCCUCCGCCACCAGCACGGCCUCGGCGCCGGCCGCGUCCGGCAACCCCGUUGCGCUCGGCGAGCCCGGCUACCACCUGCCCGUGCGCAGCUUCGCCGACGACGCGUACGGCACGACGGGCAUCUACACGACGAGCAACGGCGUCGCCGUGCCGCACCCCUACGCGUCGCAGCGCGUCGGCCAGGACGGCCCGCUGCUGCUGCAGGACCACCACCUGGUCGACCUCCUCUCGCACUUCGACCGCGAGCGCAUCCCCGAGCGCGUCGUGCACGCAAAGGGCGGCGGCGCCCACGGCAAGUUCACCUGCACGCACCCCAUCCCGCACCUCUCCGUCGCCAAGCUCUUCGGCGAGGCGGGCAAGGUGACGCCCGUCACCGUGCGCUUCAGCACCGUCGGCGGCGAGAGCGGCUCGCCCGACUGCGCACGUGACCCGCGCGGCUUCAGCAUCAAGUUUAGGACCGAGGAGGGAAACAUGGACUGGGUCUUCAACAACACGCCCGUCUUCUUCCUGCGCGACCCGGCCAAGUUCCCGAACUUCAUCCACACCCAAAAGCGUCACCCUGUCAGCCACGCCACGCACGGCGAUGACAGCACGCAGUUCUGGGACUACAUGGGAAACAACCCAGAGAGCGUGCACCAGUUUAUGUAUCUCUUUGGCCCCCGCGGCAUCCCCAAGAGCUGGCGCGAGAUGCAGGGCUACUCGGGCCACACGUUCAAGUUCAUCAACGAGAAGAGCGAGUGGGUGUACGUUCAGAUCCACGUGCUGUCGCAGCUCGGCACCAAGAACCUCACGUCGGCCGAGGCCGCCGAGGAGAGCCCCGACGCGCACCAGAUCGACCUCUUCAACGCCAUCGAGCAAAAGUCGUUCCCGAAAUGGGAUAUUUGCUUCCAGCAAAUGACCCAGCAGCAGCAGCAGGAGCGCAACAUCCCUGUCUUUGACCUCACCAAGACGUGGUCGCGCAAGGACUUCCCGCUGCAGCCGCUCGGCGAGCUCGAGCUCAACACCAACGUCUCGAACUACUUCGCCGAGAUGGAGCAGGUCGCCUUCAACCCCGCGCACCUCGUGCCGGGCAUGGAGCCGUCCGCCGACCCGGUGCUGCAGUCGCGCCUGUUCUCGUACCCCGACGCGCACCGCCACCGUGUCGGCGUGAACUACCAGCAGAUUCCCGUCAAUCAGCCGCUCGUCCCGAUCUACAACUUCCAGCGCGACGGCGCCAUGGCCUUCUACAACCAGGGCUCGCGCCAGCUGCACCUCUCGUCGCUCGCGCCGCCCAGCAUCGAGAAGGCACAGUACGACAUUGCCUCCAUCGCCGGCUACCCCGACGCGCACGCCAUCAACUUCCUCUCGACGGUGACGCCGGCUGACUUUGAGCAGCCGCGCGAGCUGUACCGCCGCGUCUUCACGCAGGAGGAGCGCGAGGCGCUCGUCGAGGAGGUCGCCGGCCACAUGGGCAACGUGAAGCAGGACCGCGAGGACAUCCUCGCGCGCGCCAUUGCCGUGUGGGGCCAGGUCGACGAGGACCUCGGCGCGCAGCUGGCCAAGAAGACGGGCAUCAAGAGCUACGCCAAGUCGCUCAAGGAGAUGCGCUUCAUCGGCAGCAACCACCCGGACAUGCUCGCCACCGACGCCAUCCGCCAGCUCAAGCCCGUCGCGGCCGCCUAGGCGAUGACCUGACCUGAUGAGACCCCCCUCGCGCGGACCAGAAACACCAAGCGCGAGGGCCUGUC